CUCCAUCAUUGAGUAUAGUAGUUUGCCAUUUUCUCUCUUCGUUCAAAACUUGCAUCCAGAUAGAUCACAAACUCAGAAGAAAAGAAGAAAAAUUCUUUAUAAUUCGUUGAGUGAAUUUGUGAAAUAGAGAAUAUAUCUUCUUGUGUGAAAAGGGUUUAAAACAUUGUGGACAAGAAUGGUGAAAGAAAUGAACGAUCCUGAUAAGGAUGUAUCAUCAUCAACGCUAAUCAAAGCCUCUGAAAUUCCAAGAGCCUCGGCAACAGAUGAGAACGAUCAAAGCCAUCAACAAAUGGGUCCUAACUCGCCAAACCCAAAGAAAUUAACCCAAAAGCAUUACAUGUCCCCAACCAUAUCUGCAGCUUCCAAGGCCAUAAUCCCAAAAAAGAAAAUCUUAGCUGAAAGGAAUGAAGCCUCAGAAUCUAUUUUCUCGGAACCCGUUGUCCAAAAGACCCCAAAUCUUGAAUCAAAAACCACUUCUUCAAACCCGCUAACGGAAAAAUCUGAUAUAGCUUCACCUCAGGGUUUUGAACCCAAUGGCAAUGGCAAUGAGGAGAAUGUUGUUGCUGAUGGUUCUUUGAGGCCUUAUGACCCAUUAACGAAUUAUCUUUCUCCAAGGCCUAAGUUUCUCCGGUACAAGCCAAAUAGGCGUCAAGAGAUUCUCCAUCGCCUAGAAAAUGAAAUUCCAGAAGGAAAAGAUGGGCUAAGUAGUACAAGUGGUUCUUCUGAAUCCCAGAAAGUCAGUGAUGAAGAAUCUGACUCGGGUAGCGGUCAUGGCUCUUUGAUUUCUUCUACUCAAGAAGGUUCCAGACAACAAGAACAUGAAGAAAUUGAGGAAAGUGAUGAGGAAAAUGAGGAGGUAGAGGAGGAGAAAGUCUGGAGUGUGAAAAGAGUGUUGGAAUCUUUGUUUUGGUUUGUGCUUUUGGUGAUUUCUACCUUAUAUAUAUCUUCCAUGAAUUCUCCAGAACCUUCACCUAGUUUACAAUCUUUUGAGGGCCCUAAAUAUGGGUACUGUGAGAUUCAGAACCGUACAUUGGAAGCUUUCAUGGCUAAGAAAGUUGAAAGUGGAAGUAACAUCUGGGAUCAAAGAGACGAAUUGCAAAUGGCUUUGGAUCAAGUAAGCCAGAAAUCUGAUGAUGAGUGGAUAAAGGAAGAAAAAAUGGUUCAAGAUGUUAAAAUGGGAGGAGUGGACAUUGUUGAGGAGUUUGGUGAAGUGAUCAAGUUAGAGGGUGGAGAAAGUGAAGCUAUAGAGGUGGAUGAAGAUGGAAUGAAGGGAGUGGUUGGUGAGUUGGGUGAGGUGUUAGAUCUACACACUGAAGAUAUUGAAGCUAAUUUUGAUCAUCAAAGGAUGUUUGCAAGCGAGAUUUCUGGUCAGAUAGAUGAGAAUUCUGAAUUGCAGAAUGCUGGAAAUAUAGAAAAGUUUGAAGCUUUCCAGGAUUAUAAGGCCCCAUCCUUGUCUGAUGGGGUGGAUCACCAAAUCAUGGAGUCUGAUAUCGCAAAUGUUCUUGAAGAAGAAAAUGAUGUUUGGGUGAAGGAAGCUGAAGAAGUUGUCAAUGAGAAAGCUGGAGAUGAAGAAAUGGUUGAAAGAAAAAUGGAGGGAAUGGAAAAUGUCACAAUCAAGGCUGGUGAAGUAAUCAACAAUGGUGAUACAGACACUGAAAUUCUCAAUUUUGAGGUGGAGGAAGAAUUGGAGGAGGGGCUAAAGAAGCAAUUGGAAACUGAUUCAUUACUGAAACUGGUUAUUGGGGUUUCAGUAUUUUCUAUGAUUGUUGCCUUUUUGGUCUUGGGUUUUCACUUUAAGCGUAAGAAAGCUUUGAGGAAGGAUUCUUCUCUAAUAGCAAAGCCUUGUUCUGAAGCUUUGAUAGUAGAGAAGGAGAAAAAGGAUUCUUCUUUGAUACCAAUACAGACGAACAAAGCUACCAGAAAGGAUUCUUUCAUUGUAAAGCCUUGUACUGAAUCUGGCAUGGGAGACAAAUGUAGCUCAGAGCUUCCCAAUAGGGAAGAGCUGCACACUGAACGUGUUGACUCUUUUAGGAGUCAUCCAUCUUUUCAUCCAAUGGAGGAAGUUCCCAAACACGAUUAUGAAAGCCGAGCACCAUCAGUUGAGUUGCUUGGUGAGUUUGAGGUUGGAGAAGUAAGCAGCUCUCUGAGGAGCAGUGGUGUGAAAAACAGGAGGAUGGAAAUUGAAGAGAGCAGCAAGUAUUCUGUUUCCACAGAGAAGAAGUCAGGGAGCAAGGCUCAUCCAAUUCCUGUUCAGUCCCAGUCGACCUUUUCAGAGUUCUCUACCGGAGAAUCUCAUUCAUAUGGAAGAUUUACUGCUGAGAGGAAGAUAGUGAAGGAGGGCAGAGAUGGAGAAGUGCAGGAAGUUACAACUCCAGUGAGGCGAUCAAGCAGAAUCCGAAAUCGCUCAGUCAUGUCUCCAUGAACUACUGUCACGUUUUUUGUUUUGCUGAUGUGCACCAGUCGGAACAGCGUCCUCUGUUGUUUCAAAUUUCAGCCUUCUUCCACUGUAAAACUUCUGAGGAGUUAGGCUGUUUAACAUCUUUUACUGUAGUCUAUAAAACAAGCUGAGCAGUUGUUAAUCUUAGGAAUUGAUUCUUUUGUAGUUGGAUUUUGUGGUUGAAUGAAAUUGAACUUGUGAUUACAUUCA